AAUAAUUCAAGGGGAGCAACAAGCUGUUAGGGGAAGAACGGAGGCACUCCACGCAACCACGGAUAGCGAUUGCUUAGCGUUAAUCUACGAGUACUUUGUUCCGUAUAUGACCGUGGACCGCAUGGGGAUGGGGUGGGACACUAUCGUUUCCUUUCUCACAGACAAGCUUGUUGUAGACGCCAGAACAGGGAAACCGCUUACGAGGAACACGGCUAGAGGUGCUAGUCCAAAUACUAAACAAGAGGAUCGAAUCUUUAUUAAUAAAGGUAGUUCUUCCACCUCCAGUAGUUUUACUAGAAGUACCACUGUUGAACAAGAGAAGAUGGACAUCGAUCGAGAUGGCAAGAGAAAUCAACAAAGUGCACAGCAGGACGAAUUGCCGCGAAGACUGUACGCUGAUGAAGAAAAUUGGCUCUACCUGCCGGAACAAGUAAUGCUCUCACCUGCGGAGCGAACUGCGCAGAUGAAGUUACUCGAAGCAAAAGCAAAGUCUACAGCAAUAGAUGCUGACUUGCUGCGGAGAGCAGAGAUGUUUUGGAAUUUACGAGGGUAUAACUUUCACGAGUUCAACAUUUCCCCCUCCACGUCGUUCACUACGUCAAUGGAUUCCACUAGCACAGAUCCUACGCGUGUGUGUUCCCUCUAUCCGACUGUUGGUUUGACGCACCACCGCACCACAACUACCGGGAUUUCGAUAAAGACUAGUCAAAGCGCGCGUGAGCUGGAUCGACUUGCCUUCUGGACCGAGGAAGCCCAACGGCGCAACACUCCGAUAGAUUGGAAGGCGACACUGCCAAAUCUGAUGGCUUGGUCCUACGACACGUACCUAGAACGCCUCGUCGGUUUGCGCGUCGGCCCGGGCAAUAAGCCUCCUCCUAGUGUCCUGCAGGGACUACAGGGAAGAGAAAGUAAGACUAAGACUCCAGAAGUACAAGUUGUAGAAGAUUUUUGGAGAGAUGCUUAUCGAAAAGUGACGUACACGGUGCAAAACGCCAACUUUUACUGUCUCUACAACGCCUUUGGAGACGGAGACAGUGACGCAUGGAUGUGGAUGCGCAAGACCUUUCGAAUGUUCGGCACCGGAUGGGGCGAGACACCACGUGGAGGUUAUAAAUUAUGAAAAAUAUGAUGGCGCAGGCGCAUCAGAUAAACUGAUCAUCAUCAUCAGCAUCAUCAUCAUCGUCAUCAUAUGACUCAAAUGCAGAUAGAGGAGUAGCUGUAGAAUAGAUCAUUUGGAUGUAUUAACAACUCCUCUCUUCUCAACAUGCUCCUUCUCAUCUUGCUUCUAACAUUCGGCACGGUAUUGGUGUACAAGCGCGGUUACUGGCACUGGGUCAUUGCGCGAUACAGUCCGUAUUAUCCUUUGCUCUGUUCACUCUGCGAUGCCGGUCAGAGUUCUGAGAUGGUGAAGGCAGUCCGACUAGUACAAGAGGAAAGAAGCGGUACGUAUCUGAUGAGCCAUUUUCCACUCGUGAAGAUCGUUGAGAAUCGAGUCACUAAGCCGCUUCUUUCCAACCCGGGAGCGGCACGGGUGGGGCCUGGGGCAGCUGUUGUUGCUCUUCCUAUGAGCCUGCCUCCAUACUGCGUGAAGGUACCGCCGCGGCGUGCGCGAAAAUCGCUCUCUAGAGGCGCUCCGAGGGUUGCCAAUAGUAGGUAGUUGUAGUUUAUAGUAAUGUAAUUGGAGCAGUUCGCUAUUCGCAAGUCAUGUAAUUGGAGUGCUGCUGGUUGUAGUUGCGGAUGUUGUUGUGAUGGUUGCAAGACGCAAAAAAAAAAAACUCUACGGGUGCUACGGACAGCACUAGCAGAGACGCACACAUGACAUAGUGUCUGGUAGUGGUAAUGGUUGUGAGGCUAUCCAGUACCUCUACUCGUGGUUCUAGCUGCUACUCGAUCGUUCAGUGGUCCUGUGCUAGUGCUUGCAAUGAUUGUAGCCACAACUUGAUCAUUCACAGUUAUCCUUUGUUGUGACUAUACAUUUACUAACGACGGGUAUUUUUGAUCUGUUCACCGAUAAUACUAGGAAGUGGUCUUCCUAGUACACUAUAAUUUUGAUCCCAUUUCGUCAGCAACUGCUUCUGCGUUUUCUCGACAUUUGUACACUUUGGGUUUGCGUGAACGUCUUGGCAAAAAUCAAUACUGUUUUUGUGGAACAACUCACUUUGCCUGUGGGUUUUUUCUAGCUACUUCCACUACGAGGUCUAACGGUAAGAUUGUUGUGGCUAUCUUCAUCUAGUACUAUUCACAAGGCUAAUUAGACGCCUUGUCCCUAAUUCAUCGCAAUCUUGUCAAUUGAGGCGUUGUGAGAAGAACCGAUGUCAGCUUCGUUAUGCCAUGCAGCUGGAUGAUGGUAUGUUAGGAUGAAACUCAGGACCUCUCAGCAUUUCUUGGGUUCCUCGCGCAUACGAGGGGACGCACCAAUCUGAGGCAGUCCUCUCUUUCAGAGCUCUCGCUCUCCACCUCUUAUUGUUUACUCACUUUGCUCUCGUUGGUUUAAAUACAAGCGUCUACUCUUUUGUGGAUCGACUUGUCACAUCGAUUCAUCCUCCGUGUAGGUGCUACGUGCCUAUUAGGGAUGCACAGAUUAGAAUAGGUCAAUUUGUCCCGCCAACCACAUGAGAAUGCGGAUUCGACGAUAGCUGAUUUUUGC